GAUAAUGGGCAAGGGAUAAGAAGAUUGAGAGAUCAUGUCGUCGAGUAAUCUAUUUGCGUAAUUUCCAUUUCUCUUUAUCUAGAUUUUUUUAAUGGGCCACACGAAAAGAUACGUGCGUGAACGGAAUAAUGUACCGAUUUUGUAUUCGCCUCAUAAUGAUCCUCCGAGAUUAUCUAAUUGUUUAUUCUGUCGUUGGUUUUGCGUGGUUGUCUACGUGCGAUACGAUCUCGAAAGAACCGACCUUACUAAUCGGUGUUCUAGUCAGAAAUAAAGCGCAUACUUUGCCAUACUUUCUGAGUCUGCUGGAAAGACAAGAUUAUCCGAAGAAACGAAUAAGUUUUUGGAUACGCAGCGAUAACAAUGUCGAUAACUCGAUUGAAAUACUAAACAAGUGGAUCAGUUCGAGAAGCGAGUUAUAUCAUUCGCUGAAUGUUCAUUUAAACGCAUCGUCGACGGGUUUCGAGGACGAAAGAUCGAUUGCUGAUUGGUCGUCUCGCAGAUUUACACACGUGAUAGAUUUGCGCGAGCAGGCGCUCGAUUACGCCAGGAAAAUAUGGGCAGAUUUCAUUUUGAUGCUGGAUGCCGACGUUUUUUUAACCAGUCCAAGUGCAAUUCGCAAUUUGAUAGACAAGGGACAUACCGUCGUGGCGCCUUUAUUAAGAUCGGACGGUAUGUAUAGCAAUUUUUGGGCGGGAAUGACAGCGGAGCAUUACUAUUUGCGAACGGAGCUCUACGAGCCAAUUCUAUUUCGCGAAAAAAUGGGAUGCCACAACGUGCCCAUGAUCCACAGCGCGGUUCUCAUAGAUUUGAGAAGGCGCUAUUCCGAUCGUCUCACCUAUAAAGCUGAAAAGCUGACCGAUUACGAUGGACCGGUGGACGAUAUCAUAACUUUCGCCGUGGGAGCAAAUAAAUCAGAUGUGCCAUUGUUUGUGUGUAACGAUGACGUCUACGGUUUUGUCAUGGUGCCUUUGGAGAAUGAUGAAACUAUCGCGGAAGAUAUGCAACGGUUGACUAAUACCAAGGUGGAAAUAUUAGCAUUUAACGACUAUUUGGCAUUGUCAGAUGAUUUGAAAGAAUUUGUGGUGUAUCCGAAGAAGGACACUCUCGGUCUAGAUCACAUCUACAUGAUAAAUUUAUUAAGGAGACCGGAGAGACGUAAAAGGAUGCAGAAUCUUUUCAAAGAACUCGGUAUAAAAGCAGAAAUUAUUGACGCCGUGGAUGGUAGGACUUUGAACGAGAGUUUCCUAAAGAAAUGGGGCGUGACACCGAUGACAGAAUAUUCCGAUCCUUAUCACAAAAGACCGAUGACAAUGGGAGAAAUUGGCUGUUUUCUCAGUCAUUACGUCGUAUGGCAGAAGGUAUUAAAGCACGGUUACAAAAGCGUUAUGGUAUUGGAGGAUGAUGUCCGUUUCGAGCCAUUUUUUCGACAGAAAGUCAAUUACGUCUUGGCAGAGUUGACUGAUCUUGGAAUCAAGUGGGAUUUGGUAUAUAUGGGAAGGAAAAGAUUGGUGAAAUCGGAGAGUCUAGUGGAAGGAUCAAAGUUUCUGGUUUGGGCGGGAUACAGUUACUGGACUCUCGGUUACAUUUUAUCGCAGACGGGAGCGGAGAAACUGAUCGGUGCUAUGCCUCUCGGGAAAUUAAUUCCCGUUGACGAAUUCCUUCCCAUUCUUUCAAACACGCAUCCUGAGGAACGGUGGGCGGUUCAAUUUCCUACUCGGGAUUUGAUUAUCUUGUCAACAAAUCCACUUUUAGUUUAUCCAACGCAUUAUACGGGCGAAGAUGGACACAUCAGCGAUACGGAAGACUCGAAACUCGUGCAUGAUGCUCCCCUACUUACCGACUUGGAAAAUCGAGAGGAACUAUAAUCAAAUCAGACACUGUCGGAAAAGAAAAAGAAAUAGCAAUCUAGUCGAAGAAUCAACUGCCAAUAAUCUAUGAAUUUAAUAGCAAAUUUUAAAAAAUUUUUAACGUAAGAUAUAUCUGCAAAUUUAUAUUGCCAAUAUAUUGCCAUGUACUAUUAAUUUGUGUUUGUAAUUAAUCGAAUAUAAUUAUAAACAUAUAAACAGCACGUAUGAUAUACAGAGUGUCCAAAAUGUGUGAAAACCCCUUAAUAUUUUGGAAACUAAGCAUUUUCGACAGAAAUGCUUCAGACAAAAAUUAAAGGGGUUAAAAAGGUCUAUAUAAUCUUCGUUCAGAAAUUUUCAAAAGAAAUUUCUAACGAUAAUACAAUACGAUUUGAUAAGUUUUGUGAAUCUACUAUACACAUACCUUUUAUAACUUUCAUAAAUAACGUAUGAUAUAUGUAUUAUAUACUUUUAUACUUGUACUUUUUUUAGAAAAAAAGUUGCCAUAAUUUUGCCAUAGAUUUCAGAUUUCCUUAAAGAAA